AUGAAUCCACAGAACAGAGGUUACGAGCAGGUCUGGCAGGAGGCGAUGAAACAAUGCCGCGUUGUCCUGGGGGACGACGAUUACAAUGUCAUCACCGAGUUUAAUAGCCCCGACCAAUUGAAGGACGCUAUAUCGCAGCUUAAAUUUACGUAUAGCACCGAUAGCAGCAUAGUCCUGGUGUUGAGCCGUAUGCUGCCACAGCUCCAGGGCCUGAAUACCUUCAUCACUGUCAUCCUACUUUCCAUCGGGCCCAAUAAUCUCACGUUAGCCUGCAUCUGGGGGGCCAUUAAUCUUCUCAUCCAACUUGCAAGUCAAUCCGAACGGGCCUUAAAUGAAAUUGUGACUCUUCUUGGCGGCAUCCAGAAAAGCCUGACUUUAUUCGAUCUAUAUGCCAAAGAUGUUAAACUUGAUGCCGCAUUCUUAGAUGCUGUAUUUGAUAUCUUGGUGGAAUUGAUGACAUGUUCCGCUCUUGCUAUCAGACACUUUCGGAUGCAUGUUGGUAAUUUCCAGCCGCGAAAUGCUGCUUGGGACAAAAUUCGUGGUCAAUUCACCAAGGUGUUAACUGAUAUUGCGGACAAGGCAGAAUUCCUUAGAAGCAUUUCAGAAGCACAAAGUAUCAAAGGCCUGAAUCAAUCAUACGCAGAAGUGGCUCAGAAGCUCGAAGACCUUACGUUCAUGCAAGCAAAACUUGCCAAAAAUACCGUUUCGCUUCCUUGUCAGACUCUACCCUUUUCACGGAAUCCGAGCUUCUAUGGGCGCACUGAAAUCCUCAAGCAAAUCACUGAUGCUCUAGCUACUGAGUCUGGUAGUGCAGAGGUUAGGUCAGUUGCGCUCUGGGGAACUGGUGGGAUUGGUAAGACUCAGAUCGCGCUGGAAUAUGCUUUUCAACAAGUAUCUACAGGCUGUCAGAUAGUGCUGUGGAUCGCAUGCGAGAAAGAAACCGAAAUAGCCAACUCCUUCAACAAAGCUGCCCAGAAGCUUCAACUACCAGGUGUGCUACGGUCUAACACCCCGGAUCGGAAUCGAGAUCUCGUCCUCGAAUACCUCCAGAAGACUGAUGUCAAAUGGCUUCUUGUUUUCGAUAAUGUCGAAGGUGCCACAGAAAUCCAGAAAAUCUGGCCCGCGCACGGGCAUGGCAGUAUCGUUGUUACAUGUAGGAGUGAGUUUGUUGUUGAGGCAUUGGUGAAUGAUUCGAUGGAGAUCCCCAUGUUUUCCAAAGAAGAAGGGCGUGAUUUCAUACUGAGCAGCUCUGGACAGAAGAAGAACGUGAGUCCUGCAGAUUUGGAAUCAGCUCUGACAUUGUCAAACAUGUUGGGCGGACUCGCGCUCGCACUCGAGUUGGUUGGGAAACAGGCCAAGAUUCGACGUAAAACACUUGCUCAAUUUAUGCCUUUUUACAACGAGAAUCGCGCAAUGCUUCACAAGCAACCAAAAACCGGUAUCAAAAAUCCAUACUAUCAGAAAGACCUUGAAAGUGUCUGGAAAAAUUCUUUCGAUGUCCUGACAGACCCUGCGUCACGCCUUAUGAUGCUCUUCGGUUUUUUGGCCCCAACAGACAUCCCCGAGCGUAUACUUUCAGAAGGAAAGAAUCUCCCCACAGAGUAUAGCUUUCUAAACCAGAUGAACCAAUAUGAUGAAGCCAAAUUAGAGCUAGCUGAUUUGUCGCUGAUAUCACUAAAUGGAGAGGCAUCGUUGAUUUCUGUACAUCGUCUGAUCCAACAAGCUUACAUAAAUCGAAUGAGUGAAGAUGAUUAUAAGGCGACUUUUAAAGUCGUGGUCGAUUUACUCCAAGGCUCAUUUUCUCGAGAUGCUGGGCGCCACUUGUACACCCGUUGGGAGCUCUGUUCGAGCCUGAUCCAGCAUGUGCAAGCAUUUGCCGAAAUGUAUGACUCGCUUGGCGGGCCCGAUCUUUUCCAGUCUUAUGAGCCGCUGACAUAUCUCAUUCAAAAUGCUGCCUGGUACCUUCAAGAAACUGGCGCUUUUAAGGCCAGUGAGAGACUGAUCAAUGUUGCCUUCUCAAACUGCGUUGAUAGAAAUUCGAUGGCAUACGCGGACUUGAUCGAUACAGCGGGCACAAUUCAUGAUCGCCAGGGCCAUGCGGGCCUCGCCCUUUCAUACUUCGAGGAUUCCUUGAAGAUUCAUGAAGCAAAAUCUCCUCCGGGAAGUGUCCAGCUUUCGAAUGCAUAUAGUGCCGUUGGUGUUGAGCUUACUGCAUCCUGGAGACCUUUAGAUGCACUCGAAUUCGCGAACAAAGCAAUUUCGGGCUCUCCUAGCGAGCAUGCUCAGAAGCUCAAGCUCAACCCUGACCGGUAUCUGCGCAACAGAGGUCGGUCUUACUAUGUAGCUGAGAAGUACGAGGACGCCAAAGCCGAUUUUAAAGAGGCCGAGUAUUGGCAGACAUUGAUUCACGGAGAAAAUAGUCAUUAUCACGGAGAGACUGCCUACAUGUUCGGCAAAGUCGCUGCAGCAGAGGGUGAGCUUGACGAGGCAUACGGCUUCCUCCAGAGAGCAGUCGACCUAAUGGCAGAAGGAAAGCCAACUCACAUAAGCGUCGGCGCGGCACGUUUUCAGCAGGGCUGUGUGCGCAUGCGUCAAGGUCAAGAUGCAGAGGCUCUGCGAUUGUUUAGGGAUGCCUUGACUAUUUGUCAGACGAAUGAGGGAGGAAAGGGUACGCAGGCGGAUUCGGCAAGGGUCAAGUGGCGAAUGUCCCAGGUCAUGGAACGCGAGGGAAGGGAGGCUGAAGCAAAGGCAUAUCGUGAAGCUGCUGAAAAAUCCAAGAUAGAGCUACUUGCUACUGGUCUCUUCGCCCAGGGCUCUGGCGAGGAGCAAAAUUAUGAUAGUUUGAUUGGGUUGCUUUAUCGGUGA